CACUUUCUCCCCUCUACAACUCUCUCUUCUAUCGCGACACUUUGUCAACGAGGUCGUUGGCUCUUGGCGACACAUUCUAAUCGCUCAGGCACAUACGCGCUUCAGCCUACGCUGUGCAUUCCCGCCUCCGCACUUUGCGACAGAUCUCGGCCUCGCUUCGCCUUUCAAACCCCUCCCUCCUCCAUCAUGAGCUCCUUCAUCGACUGGUCCAAGACCACCCGGUCCAAGAGCUACCAUGGAUCCGGUUCUUUUGCGACUUUUAUGAUCAUUGCCCCCGUCUGCUUCUUCCUCGGCGUCCUUUUCGCUUCCUUCCCCUACGACUUUCCUCUUCUCUGGACCAAGGCGCCCAUCCCCGACAACUUCUUUGAUCAUCUAGAGACGCAUUUGAAGUUUGUCCACCAAUCGCCGCCGCUCAUCAGCCGCAUCCUCCACAUCAUCAUCUCUGUCGGCUUCCUCGGCUUCUUCAUCAAGCUCUUCCGACCCAGCGAGGCCAACUUCCUCUUUGACGGCGCCUCUCUCAUUCUCUACCUCAUCGGCUUCGGCGUCUACGUUGCCAACAUUGUCAAGGCUCUGCGAAGCGUCAGCGCCGAGAUCUGGACCAACGAUGGCUUCGACGGCCAGACGCACGAGGGCGAGAAUGGCGAGCUCAUCCUUGGUCGCGAGGACAGCCUGAAGGUUCUCUCUGCUAGCAACACCAUCCUCGCCCUCGUCCUGGUCGGAAUUCUCGUUCUCCAGGCUGGUCAGUGGUAUGCCGAGAAGAAGGAGGCAGACGAUGCUGCUGCCGCUGCCGCUGCUGACGCUAAGGAGGCUGCUGCGAAGAAGGAGGGCUCUCCCAGCAAGGCCGCCACUAAGAAGAAGCAGUAG